GCUCCGUCACCUCGUCAUCUUCAGCCCCCCAACCGACCUGGGCAUCCAGGUGGCCGUCCUCUUUGUCCCUUGCUGGCCAGCCACACUAUGGUCGCUCCAGUCGAGCCUGUACCUGACAGGCUAUCUGCCAAGCGCCGGUCCCGCUUUGGCUGUCGCAACUGCAAGCUGAGGAGGAUCAAGUGCGAUGAGAACAAACCCCAAUGCAGGCGAUGCGUCUUGUUCCGUGUCCGCUGCAACUUCGACACACGUGUUGGUGACCUUCAGCCAGUCCACGCAGUCUCCGACGAGCACAUCGGCAGCCAGCGUAGGAGCGUCGCGACGCCCAGAGCGCCAAUCUCAAGCUGUGUCUGGGCCUCUGAUGACUAUGGCUACUCUUAUCAGCUCAACACCCGAUGUCAACACUAUCUCACGCGUUAUUUUGGCUGGAGUCUCGCCGCUCCAAACAACCCCAUCGUCUCCAAGCUGAACGCUAGGCUUCUGGCCCUUUCCUUCAAGCAUCCCCAUUUGAUGCACGCCUGCCUUGCCGUUGCGCUUGCCUUCGACCGGAACCUCGAUCUGCAUUCUUCUUUGCACCGCCGGGAGGCAAUGUCGGAGGAAUGUUUCCACCGCUCCCGCAGCACCUCGCUGUUUAUUCAAUGUCUCCAGCAGCCGGUCAAGGCCGGCGACAAAGACGCGAUAUGGGGCACGGCAGCCUCGCUCGCACUCCUAGCCUUCUCUGCGCCAGCAGGAACAUGGCUGGCGAGUGAAGAGUCGUGGCCGCUGAGUGCACGAUCUUCACCUUCAACUGCGGCACAUCCCUCUUGGCCGCCAUCGCCUUCGGCCGCGGGGUCAUCAUCACCUUCCUCAGAUUCCGAACGCAACCAUGAAGUCCGAAAUCCAGACCAGCCGUCAGAGCUGCAGUGGCUCCUCGUCAAAGAAGGUAAAAUGUCCCUCUGGCCCAUCGCGAACCCCAUCCGGCCGGAGAGCAUCUUCAGCAUCAUGAACCCCGUCUACGAGGUAAUGUUUGAACCACUCCCGACUUCCGGGGCCGAGGGCAUACAUCCGGCGCUCGCGGCAGUCUGCGGUCUCGACCCCGGCAACAGUGGCGGUGAGGGAACAAGCAUGACCACACAGCCGUUCUUCCAUCCAUGCCACGCAGUCUGCCGCCUUCUCACCUUUCCCGAUGUGGAUGUGACCAUUGGGCACACAGAGGUGUUUAUGAACACGAUUAGAGGUGAUUUCCGGUCCUUGUUGCUCGCCAAGGAUACCCGCGCUCUGCUGCUUCUGUACCUGUGGUAUCGCAAGGCCAGACGAUCCUUGUGGUUUGUUAAUGUGCGGGCCAAGGUGGAGGAACCCGCAAUUUGUACUUAUAUAAGGCGGUUCCAUGCUGGGAGCGAUGUGGUCGAGUUCCUGCCUGGGGGGAAGUAUGCGGACGAGGAGUGCCUUGUCCUUGCUGCUGUUGCGGGGAGGAGGGGAUCUGAACGAGUCCGAGGUAGAAGAUGAUAGGCAAGCGAUCAAUUAGGUUACCUCUGU